AUGGACACCGCCAUUGAUCUCUCAAACGCCUCCAAGGCCUUGGAUCUGGCCAAUAUUCGCUUCCAAUUGAUUCGCCUCGAAGACACCAUCACCUUCCACCUAAUCGAGCGGGUGCAAUUCCCACUCAACAAGCCGAUCUACGUGCGCGACGGCGUCAAGAUCCCCAACAGCGACCUCACCCUGCUCGACUACCUUCUCCGCGAACAAGAGCGCAUCCAGUCGCGCGUCCGCCGCUACCAGUCCCCCGACGAAUAUCCCUUCUUCCCGGAGGCGCUGGAAACGCCCAUCCUCGCGCCGCUGCAGUACCCGCAGAUCCUGCACGCCAACACCGUCAACGUCAACGAGACCAUCAAGACGCGGUACAUCAACGACAUCCUCCCCGCGGUGUGUCCGGGGUUCGGGCGCGCCGACCGCGGCGAGACGCAGGAGAAUUAUGGCUCGGCGGCGACGUGCGACGUGAACUGUUUGCAGGCGCUGUCGCGACGCAUUCACUUUGGGAAGUUUGUGGCCGAGUCGAAGUUCCAGAAGGAGCCGGAGCGGUUUGUCAAGAUGAUUAAGGAGAAUGAUCGGAAGGGGAUCGAUGAUGCAAUUACGGAUGCCAAGGUCGAGCAGAAGGUUCUCGAGCGGUUGGCGCUGAAGGCCAGGACGUAUGGCACUGAUCCCGCGUUUCAGACGGAGGCGCCGAAGAUUCAUGUUGAUGCUGUGGUGGCUAUGUAUAAGGAAUAUGUCAUCCCCUUGACCAAGGUCGUCGAAGUCGACUACCUCAUGCAGCGCUUGAAGGGCACCCAAUGGGAGUAA